AUUCGACUACUGACCUUCUUCAUGAGCAUCGAAAAGGUUGUCGUCUCCGAGAUUACCGGUCGGGAGGGCCGACGGUAUCAAGUGAAACUCAUCCUCGCCAAUGACCCCGAGGCUGGACAACCAAUCAUCUUCACGUUUGACUCUCGAAUGGUAGCCGACACCGUUGCUCACACGGUAGAGGGUUACUGUCAACUUGCCCGACCUGAAGCAAAACAGUCGGACAGACCGCUGCUCAUCUGGGGUUGUCCCUUCAGGUGA